CUGGGGAAGCAAUAAAAAACAAGUGUUGACAAGUGUUGUGUUGAGCUCUCAGGUCACAUAAAAGCAUUUGUUGUGUAUACAGUGAAAUACUUGGUGCCAUAAAAAAGUCAUCUUGUUAAAUCCAUAAACAUCCUGUAAAAAAUGUCUAAUGUUCUUAACGCAUUGGGAAAAUCGAAGAAAGUAGCCUUGACACCAGGCUGGGGUGAAGCUAUUUCUCGCAAGCAUCCCGAUAGACCUUUUUAUUUCAAGGCCGACGAACAAGGGGGCUCAUCCGAAUGGGCACCUCCUAUCGAGUCGGAGGACAAGUCUGCCCGCAAAAGUAAAAAGCGUAAAAUUCAGGACAGAGACAGCGAGGAAUUUUCAGAUGCCAGUCCUGGAGUGGCAGGAGAUAUUUUAAAGAAUAUCAUCGAGAAGCGGCCGAAAUUGAAAGUUAAAAAUGUAUCUGUUCUUACGUCCUCCACACCCAACAAUGAUACCCCUGCCAUGCGCCUUUAUCGAGAAAAAUUGGCUCUGCGAAAGGCUGAAGCUGAAAGCAAAAAAAGUGGCUCCAAGUCAGUCGGUCAAAAGAAAAAAGAUACACCUACCGUAUCAGAAAAAACGACGGAAAACUCUGAGCCUUUGACUCCAUCACGCAGAACUCGACGCAGCAGCUCUGUUGCUUCCUCCAGCACAUCAGCUUCAGACUGCAGUGCUGUUUCAAGUACAACCAGUAUAGGCACCAAAAUAACAAAGGCUGCCACUUCUGCAUGCAGAGUUGAUUCUCCCAAAAGUGGUUCUAACACUGUAAAAGCAGAUAAGACAGUUGGAAGAAUUCCAAAAGUCAUUGUAUCUAGAGUCGAGGAAUCAAAAACUAAUCAUUCAAAUAACAACUCUAAAAGUGCCAAUGACAAAGGUUCAGAUAAUGAUGUGAGCCCAAAUACUUCAAUAAAAAUAACGAGAAAGAAUUUAGCCAACGAGAGGUUGGCUAAGUUAAGAAAGAGCUUAACCACCCCAAACAAUAAAAGUCCUGGAGCAAGCCGUGUUAAUAGUAGCAGUGAUGAUGUUGACAAUUCAUCAAGUAGAAGUAAGUUGGAUUAUUCAACCCCAUUUUCACCUAAGGAUGCUCAUACCAGGUUGUUCCAUUUAGAAAAUCAGAUCGAAGCUAAUUGCGGAUUAAUAUUGACUAAUGUUGAACAACAAAGAAACGAAGAAUAUGAUUUAAGCAAUCAAAGAAUUUUGGAAAAAAUAAGUAGUAGCACAAGUGUAUAUUGUGAAGAAAUGGAGUGGGAGGCGGUUGGAGAUGAAAAGAUUAUGUCUGAAGUUUACUCUGCUAGGGUCAGACUUUGUGAAGAGCCCUCGGAAACACUAAGUGAGCUUUCGUGCAAUGUCUUACAAGCACCAAAUAUUCCUGGAGAAACGAAUGCCUUUUAUAUAGUUAUUGACACAAAUGUUUAUCUAUCAAACUUGACAUUAAUCGAAGAAGUUAGAGAUUUCAACUCUAAUAUAUUUGGUAGACCCUUUAUAGUUGUACCAUGGACAGUAUUACAAGAGUUAGAUUUUAUAAAGGAUGACAAAAAUAACACAAGAUCUGAAGCCUUAAAAUAUAAAGCUAGAAAAGCUGUUGAUUUUUUAAAUCGUUAUUUUACCGCCAAACAUCCUCGUUUUUUGGGACAAACGCCGAGAGAUGUUAAAGAGAACAAAAAAAAAUUUGCUACUGAUUGUCCUGAUGAUGAGAUAUUACAAACUUGCUUACAAAUCAAAGAAUCAGCAAAAACACCAGUACUGUUAUCAUACGAUAAAAAUCUUUGUACAAAAGCUAUGAUUCAUGAUAUUACAAUACUAGGACGAAACGAUCCUCUGGAAAAAAUGUAUUUUUUGAAAGCUGCAGAAACUACACACUUUUUAUCAAACAGUUUGCAUGGUCAAAUCGAAGAACCUCAAGGAGAUAGUUCAAUUUUACAACAGGAGUUACUCAAGGCAGAUGAUAUAAUAGAAGAGGGAAAAGCGAUUCUUAAAACUGUCCUUUCACAGGUAGUUGCAAAAGAAAUGAAAAAUCUGUUUGGAGAUAGAUGGGAAAAGCAUGCCAUAAUACAUCCACCAUGGUCAGUUCAUAGCGUUUUAAAAUGUGCAUUGAAACAUUGGAUGGCUGCUGUAAGUGAAUCUUUCUACACUAGAAAGACUGAAAAAGUACUUCAGGAUCUGCAAAUAUAUUUGAAAAAUUUAUCUGAAGAUGGCAGAAAGUUGAAAGAGGUUAAAACUUUUUUAUAUAAAUCCAAGGAAGUAAUUCAAACUUUACAAAUCACAAAAUAUGCUACUUUUAAAGAGAAUAUGUUGUUAAAAAUAAAUAAUUUAAUGCAGAAAUGUUUGGAAUCAAUGGAUGAAGUGAAAGGCGUGCGAUUUCUCGAUUCUGUUGGAUUACCAGAUGAAAGUGAGGAGGAACAAAAGGCAACACUUGCAUUCAAAGUAUUAGAGGAUGUUUAUGCCUUUGCAAGAGAUACAUGUGGUAUUGCUGCUGAUAUUUUAGGACUGCAGUGUGCAUUUGCGUACAAUAAAUUCAAUCCAUUACUCACGCCGAAACUCGCUCUUCGAGAACAUCAAAACGUUGGAAUCAGUGUGAAUAAGCUGUUGCAAAUUUUAAGAGUGUCUCUGUCAACUAAUUAUGAAAAUAUUUGUCCAGAUGAUAAAAUCAUUCUUUCUUUGCACGAAGUUCUAGUCAAUUUCUCCACCAUUUUGAAUGAUUUUGAUGAACUGUCAAAAUUAACACCUUUGGAUUUAUUUUGCUGCAUCAAGUUAAAUAAGUCCAAACUCGAGAAAGGCUACGAGCAGUUGCAAGAAUUGGCCAUACAUUUCUGUCGUAUGGCUAAUUUUCAAUGCAAUAACAGUGUGAGCUGAAAUUUUUCUUAACAAAACUGAAUU